AAGCCCUGGGGCCAAGAGCCUGAUGAGACUGUGCACAGUUUUGCCCAGUGCCGCCUUGGACCUGAGGUGGCGUCUCUAGCCAUGGACAGUCUCUGCCGUGGAGUGUUUGCAGGCAAUAGCCGUGAGCUCAGCAUCAGGUCCUGCUUUCCCAGUCUCUUCCAAGCUGAGCAAACCCAUCGUUCCGUAUUACUGGGCCUAUUGCUGGGGCCAGGGCGGACCCCACAGCCAGACUCAGCACUUAUUCGUCAGGCCUUGGCUGAGCGCUGGAGCCAGUGGUCACUUCGUGGAGGUCUAGAGAUGUUGCCUCAGGCCCUUGAAACCCACCUGACUAGUAGGGGGGUCACUGUUCUAAGAGGCCAACCAGUCUGUGGGCUCAGCAUCCAGGCAGAAGAGCGCUGGAAGGUAUCUCUAGGGGACAGCAGUCUGGAGGCUGACCAUGCUAUUAGAGCCAUUCCAGCUUCAGUGCUCAGCAAGCUGCUGCCUGCUGAGGCUGCACCUCUGGCUCGUGCCCUGAGUGCCAUCGCUGCUGUGUCUGUAAACAUGCAGUACCAAGGAGCUCAUCUGCCUGUCCAGGGACUUGGACACUUGGUGCCAUCUUCAGAAGAUCCAGGCGUCCUGGGAAUUGUGUAUGACUCAGUUGCUUUCCCUGAGCAGGAUGGGAGCCCCCCUGGCCUCAGAGUGACUGUGAUGCUGGGAGGUUCCUGGUUACAGACGCUGGAGGCGAGUGGCUGUGUCUUAUCUCAGGAGCUGUUUCAACAGCGGGCACAGGAAGCAGUUGCCACACAAUUAGCACUGAAGGAGCUGCCGAGUCACUGCUUGGUCCAUCUACACAAGAACUGCAUCCCCCAGUAUACACUAGGUCACUGGCAAAAACUAGAGUCAGCUAGGCAAUUCUUGGCUGCUCAGGGUUGCCCCUGACUCUGGCUGGAGCCUCCUAUGAGGGGGUUGCUGUUCAUGACUGCAUAGAGAGUGGGUGCCAGGCAGCAGUCAGUGUCAUGGGCACAGAACCUAACAGCUGAUCUCCAACGCUCACUCAUGAAAAUAAAAGUUGCUGGAGCUUGAAAAAAAAAAAAAUUGAUUUUCGGUCUUAGGAAACCGGACCAGGGAACCGCUCCACCACAAGGUAAGACUUCUGUUGCCCACAACCCCUCCCGCUGCUUGCCUCGUGGACUCCCUGCUCGUAAUCACGGCCGUGUCAGGGACUCCUUCCCGUCUCGCCGUGGGUCAGGCCCCGGCCUCGUCCCGAGGACCUGAGUGUAGAGGAGACGUCCCUACACUCUUGUCUUCUCCCAGUAAGGGGUUUUCCGGGGGUCAGGAAUCUGAGGGAGACGUCCCCAUCUUCCUGAACCCUCUCGGUGUUGGGUAGUGCAGUCCAGGACGCCUUCUGAUCAUCUCGGCAGCAGCGGCCGAGGUGUGGGUAUUCAGAAGCCCCAUUUGCCAGCCCGGGCCCUGCCUCAGAGCAGGACCAGAUCCCCGGCUUACACUACUAAAACGUCUAUCUCAAAUAAGCCCUUUGGCGUAUAAACUCCCGUUCAUUAAGUAACUGUACUUUGAGUUUCUCUUCCUACCCCCGGCACGAGUGAGUGAGAGAGUGAGUUUAUGUGUAGUCCCACGGCCUGACGGCUACGGGGCUUGUGUGGGCCUCAACCCGCGGUUCCACGGGGACGUCAUAAGGCAUAAUGGUGAUUCGCCUCAGGACUGAAAGUUCUGAGGUGACCAGGCCCAGGGGUUACACGGGUAUACCUUAGCCAAGAUGCCCUUCAUUUUUCAAAUCAUUUUUUUUCAAAUCAUUUGAAAAAAAAAUGAAAAUUUUUAGAGGAAAUCAUCUCUUCCAAAUUUUGAGUUUUUCUAUAUCAUUCUUUCAUUAAGAACUUCAUUUUUAAUUUGUAAUAAAAGUUUACAACUUGAUUUUUUCAAAAAAGUCAACAAACUGCAAGCACCUGUUAAUAAAGGUCUUAAAUAAU